CACCACCGCCACCAUCACCACCACCACCACGGCCACCGAGGAACAGCGAAGAGGAGUAACCCCCUCCGCGGUAGCGUCCGCGUCAGUCGGCUCGCUCGCGUGUGUUGACAGAGGUUAUCGCGCGGCGUCCCGGGUGUGCGUGGUUCCUCCUUCAUGUUUCGGCCGACUCGUCGUCACCUCGGCCGUUCGCGAGAUCUCGUCGGAUAAGGAGAGAGAGAGGCGCGACGUCGCGGCGGCGGCCUCGGAAGCGCGACGCGAUCGCGGGAGCUACGUCGCGAAUUGUCCCGCCGCGCCCGGUACUCCCUCACGCUCAAUAAUGAGGGACAUGGCAGGCAAGAUCGCCGAGUUGAAGUUCGAGGCACCCCUCGCGCGCUUCGAGGAGGAGGACACCGCCAGCCUGAAGAACAUGAAUCUCCUGACAGAGCAACUGUUGGACGCCAGCCUGGACGCGACUUUCGGCGAGAAUUGCAACGCGAACGAGCCACCGAAGACCCACGAGAAUGGCACCGACAUCCUUCAGGAAGGCACCUUUAGCCCGUUCAGCGGCAGCCUCGAAGACCUCGUCAACACCUUCGACGAGAAGAUCACGUCCUGCUUCCGCGACUACGGCACCGACGUCGAGUCAUUGGCUCCGGUGCAGGUGCGAACACAGGAGGAAAUCAUGAAUGAGUGCCAGAUGUGGUGGACCAUCACCGGGACUUUCGGCAAUAUACUGCCCAUCGAUUGGAGCAAGUCCUACGCGAGGAAGAUGCACAUGCCCGCUUUAAAUUUGAACGAAGCGCCAGCUUCGACGGAGAGACCCGAGCUAGAGGAUUUAAGUAGCGAAGAUGAGGCGGUUGCGACAGAUUUGGACAUGCAUGCUUUAAUCUUAUCCAGCAGUACCGACACUCACAGCCCGGAGGAACCGCUGAAGACCGCCGAGGAGGUUCUGCGUGAGAUAGAUGACAUAAUGCAGGAGAGUCCAUCAAUGGAGAGAUCCCCGGAUUCAGAUGGUUCCUUGUUGGACAGCGACGAGGCGCUGGAAAGAAGCCGAGAAGUGCUCGGAUCACCGCUCCAGGAGAAAAAAUUGAAGCAACUGUCCUCCAGUCAGCUGACGGAGCUUCUCGGGGAGAUGGAGUCCUUGGUCGCAGCCUUGAGCGAGACUCUGAUCGCCGAGCUCGCGCUCAGGGACGAGUUGGAGUACGAGAAGGAGCUGAAGAAUCAGUUUAUCUCUUUACUGUUGGCUGUGCAGAAUCGACGUAGGCAGCAUCACGUGACAAAGAAGAGGAAUCAAAUGCAGAAUGGUACUAGUCCGUUACCGCAGCAUAGGUCUUUGCAGGAGCCGAAGUACCUGACGACUGUUAUCCCAUAUCAUACGGACAGCGGUCCGCCGAACAAUCAAGCCUUGCAAGUACUUAUCAAAAUACUAAAAGCCAUUAGCGAGGAUAGCCCAACUGUACCCACUCUGUUGACGGAUUAUAUACUCAAAGUAUUAUGCCCGACUUAGGGCAGGAUGUGUCGAGAAACGAGAAAAGAAAAGAAAAAGCGAAACCGAAUCAACGUCAGCGGAUGCAAUGUGCUCUCUUCUUCUUGCCAGUACGCUUUCAGCCGUCAUUGUGCCGCGUGUUACUACGUUAAAACAACUAGCUUAUGAGUUAUACCUUCGAUCACACUCGAUCUGUAUUGGCGCCGUAGAAGUAGAUAAGGUCUUUCUGAUAUUCUAUCUAGUCUUAAUUUACAUAUUACCAUGUGUAUAUUACUUGCUUAAGGUACGGUAAGUAUAUAUUUUUAAUAAUUCGCGUAACAUAUGUGUUAUUGACUCGCGCAAAAAAAGAUUGUACUGUCACUCGUACAUUUUUCAUAUUUAUAUUGUACCAUUGACUCGCGUAAUAUCGAUUCAGUUUUAUACAUAUAUAAAUAUAUAUAUUUUCCUUUUUGUACAUAAAGAUCAUGCAGGAGAGAACGUUUUCUCAUGCAUAGUCGUCAGCAAUGGCAGCACAGAGCUCCUCCCUAUUUAGACUCGUGUAAACUGCUACUUUAUAGAGAUCAGUUUCUACUUUUAAGAGAUUCAAAUUAGUGUACAUUGUUGUAACGUUAGCGUAUUUAGAGAUACUGCAUUUAUCCGAUGUGUACACAAUGCAGAGUGAAAAUCUUGCAGUGUCAGUCAGUUAAAUCACUUGCCGCCCCACCAUACAAUUAACAUAAUUGUUCUCACGCAAUGCGCAAAGGUUCGGAACACUGUGUUUGUUAAAGCGAGAAAAAUAAAUUGAACGACCUCACUAUACUCUC